GGGCGUGAUAGACAAAUAUUGGGAAAACGAGGCAACCUCGUAUAUAGUCGCCACCACCAUUAGCCAUUAGGGUCACUCCCUUCAGUCCGACAUUGAAUAUCUCCAUUGUUAACUCACUCUCCCACUCAAUCAAUCUCUUCCUUAGGGUUAGGGUUAAGGGUUAAGGUUUGGGGCUAUAUUAGGGUUUCAACCAUUCCUCCUUGUAAUGCAUCAAAAACCCCUAAUUCUACCUUGCUAUCAACAAUGUACGACCCCAUGAACAUCUCCAACGAGAUCGUCCCCGCCGAAGACAACGACGGCUCCGGCGCCGCUGCGGAGUCCGUGCACAACAACCACCUUCGCCUCAUUCAUUACGAUUCGCAUACCCUUGAAGACGGUAGCGGCGGAGUCGAAGAUGUUUCCACCGACGCUGUGUAUGUUUCUGGUGAUGGAGGUCCUGACAUGUCUAUGCAGCACUGCGAUGAUUCUAGCAAGCUCACGCUUUCGUUUCGCGGCCAAGUUUAUGUCUUCGAUGUUACACCUGAUAAGGUUCAAGCGGUGUUAUUACUGUUGGGAGGAUGUGAAUUAUCUUCGGGUUCGCAAUGUGGGGAGAUGUCGCCCCUAAAUCAGAGGGGUGCCACUGAAUAUCCUGCAAGAUGUAGUCAACCUCAGCGAGCAGCCUCUUUGAGUAGGUUCCGUCAAAAAAGGAAAGAGCGAUGCUUUGACAAGAAAGUUAGAUAUAGUGUACGUCAAGAAGUUGCACUCAGGAUGCAUCGUAAUAAGGGUCAAUUUACGUCAUCUAAGAAACAAGAUGGAGCUAAUAGUUGGGGUUCAGAUCAAGAGUCGGUGCAGGAUACUGUUCCGUCAGAAACCUUAUGCACGCAUUGUGGCAUAAGUUCAAAAUCCACCCCAAUGAUGCGGAGGGGGCCAUGUGGUCCAAGGUCACUUUGCAAUGCUUGCGGACUUUUUUGGGCAACCAGGGGUACUAUGAGGGAUCUUUCCAAGAGAAACCAGGAACAUUCUCUUGCACAACCUGAGCAGGUUGAUGAGGGUAAUGACUUGGACUCUCGGACUGCUAUUAUCCCUGCACUUAACAAUCUUGUUAAUGAUAACACUGCUUUGGUAUCUGAUCGUUGAGAGUUAUAUGGUCAUAGAAAAUGCCAGUCAUUGACUGUGGCAAUAGUAGGUUUAUAGUAAUUCCAUUCAGUUUGACCUAUAGAAUGUACAGUUAUAGCAAAGCUCUCAUCAAUACAAGAGGUCUAUUUCUUUACUCUUGUAUUUAGUUACAUUAACUGUUUAUCUCUGAAUGUAUA